CGGUAAUGCGCCUAGAACGUUGUGAUUGUCACCUGCCAUCAAAACUGAAGAAGAAGAAGCGACGAAGAAGAAAUCUUGUCCAAUGGCUUCCAUAGUGUGCAUUUAGUCCACGAAGAUGAAACGUCUUUUGAUUUAAGUCUGUUUGUUCAUCAGAGUUUGGAAUAUCAUGUUAUACACACAGUGAAAGAAACGGCAAAGAAUUAUGGAGUUCUCUACAAAGGAUGGAGAAGUCCCCAGUGUCAUCGACGUCACAACCAGUGAAAAGGUGGUGGAUCUUUUGAAUCAGGCUGCCUUGAUAGCUACAGAUGAAAAGCUAAUGGUGCUCAAACAGGUCCAGGAGCUUAUCAUAAACAAGGAUCCCUCUCUGCUUGACAAUUUCCUUGAUGAGAUAAUCGCCUUUCAAACUGACAAGUCCAUCGAAGUGAGAAAGUUUGUUAUUGGCUUCAUAGAGGAAGCAUGUAAACGGGACAAUGAGCUACUCCUGAAGCUGAUUGCAAACCUAAACAUGUUGCUCAAGGAUGACAGUGUGAAUGUCGUGAAGAAAGCCAUCUUAACACUCACACAGCUAUACAAAGUUACUCUACAGUGGUUGGUGCGAUCCAAAGCAGUAUCAGACAUGCUGGAAGCAUGCUGGAAUAUGGUCACACAGAUGAAAGGAGAUGUUUUGGCAUUGCUGGAUUCCGAAAAUGAUGGGGUGCGCACUCACGCUAUCAAAUUCACAGAAUCACUUAUCAUCACUUUGUCACCUCGGAUUUCGGACUCUGAUAUCCCAAAAAGACAAGAGAGUGACAUCAGCUUGGACAAAGUACCCAAAGACCAUACAUACAUUCGAUACGAUGUUUUGUGUGAGGAAGGAAAAGCAGCGUUGGACAAGCUUCUGAAGUUCAUGGUCCAUCCCGCCAUUUCCAGCAUUAACCUGACCACAGCGUUGGGCUCGCUGGCCACCAUUGCCCGUCAGAGGCCCAUGUUUAUGUCAAAGGUGGUACAGGCAUACGAAACGUUACACGCCAAUCUACCACCUACCCUAGCCAAGUCGCAGGUCAGCAGUGUGCGGAAGAAUCUGAAGUUGCACCUGGUGGCAGUGCUCAAACAUUCCUGCAGCCUUGAGUUCCAGGGUCAAAUCAGCACCCUGUUGUUGGACUUGGGUAUGCCCCAGAGCGAAAUAACGCGCUUUACACCAACAGUGAGAGAGCCGCGCAAGAGGUCUCGCCACGAACACUACACAGAUGGCAAAAAGGUCAAGAUUGAACCGACACUGAUUGAAGAUGAUGAGGAAAAAGAGGAGCCGGCGCCUCUUUCAACUCCCAAGCCUGCUCCUGUCCCAGUGGUACAAUCUGCCAUUGACCUUACAGCCGACUUUCUACGCCCGCUUCUUAACCCUCAGAAUGUAGCCAAUCUGGUGCUCAUCAGUAUGGUGUAUCUGCCUGACAUCAUGCCAGCAUCCUUUCAGGCCACAUACACACCUGUUGAGUCAGCAGGUACCGAUGCUCAAAUUAAACAUUUGGCCAGGCUGAUGGCUACACAGAUGACUGGGGCUGGGAUUGGUCCAGGGUUAGAGCAGUGCAAAGCAAGAGAUAGUGAUGCAGAAAAAAGGGAAACUAAAGAGGAUGACUCUGGCACAAUGGACCUGCUCAUCAAGCGCAAAGUUCCAAUGAUGGUAGGACAAGCAAUCUCUGUUGUGGGAGGUUACACAGAGAAGGUUCCUAACACCACUGCUCCAAAAAGGCUUCCAGAGCCCAUCCUCCCAUCUUCACAAACCAAACUAGCAGGCUCAACAGGGAGAAAAAAAGUAUUUAGACUGUCAGAUGUGAUUCAGCCCUUAUCCAACACACAGAUUGAACUGUUAACCUCCAAGACAAUUAAACGCAUUCUUCAUUCAGAAAAGACCAUUGCUCAAAGUGGGAUGUCCCAUGUCAGAGUGAAGCUUGUCUCAAAGCUGGUGACUCAAUUUGAGGGGAUAAUGAAAGAGGACGUGCUGAGGUUUAUUCUGGAUGACAUCAGGACGAGGAGUGACCUAGCCUUUUCUCUUCUCUAUCAAGAAUACAACACCUACCUCAGCCGGAUCCCUUCUGGCCUGCUCGACAGUUACGACCACUGUCUUUACACUCUUCUGUCAGGACUGCAAGAGAAACCUGAGCAAAAAGAUGGACUUUUCACCAAAAUGGUACUUGAGGCUCCCAUCAUAACAGAGUCAGCACUGGAAGUAAUCCGACGUUACUGUGAAGAUGAGUCACGGGUGUAUUUAGGCAUGACUACUCUGAAGGAGCUUAUCAUCAAACGGCCUUCAAGGCAGUUUCAGUACCUGCAUGUGCUCCUGGAUCUCAGCUCCCAUGAAAAAGAGAAGGUGCGGACUACAGCCUUGGCCUUUCUGAAACGCAUGUAUGAGAAAGACCAGCUCAGGGACUACAUUGAAAAGUUUGCCCUGAACUACAUGCAGCUUCUCGUCCACCCAAACCCUCCAUCGCUGCUCUUUGGGGCCGACAAAGACACAGAGGUGGCUUCCCCCUGGACUGAAGAGACAGUUCGUCAAUGUCUGUUCCUUUACUUGUCUCUGCUGCCUUUGAACCAUAAGUUGGUGCACGAGCUGGCCUCUGUCUACACUGAGGCCAUCGCUGACAUCAAGCGUAGAGUUCUUCGAGCAAUAGAGCUGCCUAUUCGUGGAAUGGGGAUGAGCUCUCCUGAGCUGUUGCUUUUGGUGGAAAACUGCCCAAAAGGGGCGGAGACACUAGUUACUCGCUGCCUGCACAUUUUGACGGAUAAAGUUCCUCCAUCUCCAGAGCUCGUGGAGAGAGUGCGUGACCUUUACCAUAAACGAGUGCCUGAUGUUCGUUUCCUCAUUCCUGUCAUCAAUGGUCUAGAAAAGAAUGAAGUGAUCCAGGCUCUUCCCAAGCUGAUCAAACUCAACCCAAUUGUCGUAAAGGAGGUGUUUAACCGUCUAUUGGGAACCCAGCAUAGUGAGGGAAGUUCAUCGGUGUCCCCUCUUACGCCAGGAGACCUGCUGAUUUCCUUACACAACAUAGACUCAACCAAAUGUGAUAUGAAAUCCAUUAUAAAAGCAACCAACCUUUGCUUCGGAGAGAAGAACGUGUACACGUCUGAAGUUUUGGCAGUGGUGAUGCAGCAGUUGAUGGAGCAGAGUCCCCUUCCCAUACUUCUCAUGCGAACUGUCAUCCAGUCUUUGACCAUGUACCCCCGACUGUGCGGUUUUGUCAUGAACAUUUUGUCCCGUCUUAUCCUCAAGCAGGUGUGGAGGUAUCCCAAGGUGUGGGAAGGAUUUGUGAAGUGCUGUCAAAGGACGAAGCCUCAGUCAUACAGUGUGCUACUACAGCUUCCUCAUUCACAACUCACAAGUGUGUUUGAACGCUGCCCAGAGAUGAGGGAACCCCUUUUAUAUCAUGUCCGCUCUUUUACGCCACACCAGCAAGCUCACAUACCAACCUCCAUCAUGUCUGUCUUGGAAGCAAGUAAAAAACCAGAACCUCAGCCUGUGAGCAAGAAAGAGAUUGAACCAGUUCCUGCCCCAGUUUUGCCCAUUUUGGCAGAGGUGCCUCCAGAAGAUGAACCAGAAGCAGCUGACCAAGCUGAGCAACAUGUUGGUCUAAACGAUGAGGAGGAGCCCAUGGAACAAGAACAGCCUGAUCUAGUGAGACACCAGGAAACUACAAACCUUUCUGAGGUGGCGGUAACAAGAGCUGAGGGAAUACUAACAUCUGAAGCUGACGCUGAAUCGGAUGCUGAAUCGGACGCUGAAUCGGACGCUAAACCUGAAGAUGAAGCUGAACCUGAAGCUGAAGCUGAACCUGAAGCUGAAGUUGAACCUGAACCGGAACCUGAAGCCGAGCCUGAAGCCGAGCCUGAAGCUGAGCCUGAAGCUGAGCCUGAAGUUGAAGCAGGACCAAAUCCAGAAGCUGACCCAGAGCCAGAAGUGGAACAGGAAUCUGAACCUGAUACUGAACUUCAACCUGAACCGGAAUCAGAGGAACCAAUGGAGACAUCUGAUCCGGAACCUUCCCAUUCCCUGGAACCAGUUAAAGAGGGUGAGGAUGAUAAGGAGAAUGAAGCGGCGCCCCAUGUAGGGAGCAACUGCGAGGAUGUAGAAUGAGUGUUCAACAUGAAAGCACUCUAAAUAAAAACAUUUCCCAUA